UACACAGUAAAUUUCCCAGUGUUAAAUCAGCAGUGUUAAAGUGUAUUUACUCUAAUAGAGUCAUUAUAACGACAGCUGGAGCAAAACGCCUCCCAGUGUGGGUGAUAAUUCGCGGAGUUAAAAGACCCAGUGUCAAUGUUACACUAGAAAGCUCCUCCCACCACAGACUCCUUUUCAAACUGAGAGGAUUUUUCACCGCGCCAUUUUCUUCACAUCAGUUACACGUAGUUCGAUGAAGAGCACUGACUAUAAGAAAUUACUGUCUACAGGAAGCAUGCCAGAGGAAUUGUAAUGUCUGUACAUGUCACUCUCCAAGGAACAUUAUUAUGAUGGCGAGAGUGGCACUGGGUACUUGGCCUGGAGGAUUAAAACCAUACAGAGAUGCACCGCUAAAGGGAGGCGAUUAUCAUCUGGAGCACCAGGAGAUGGAUCAUCGAGUGAAGACCAGUGUGGUGGACCAACUGUCAGACGAGAGUUGCAGUUUGUUACAGAGAAGGUGCUGAGUGAGGAUGAGUGCAAGGAUACAAUCUCUCUGAUGAAACAUUCAGCUGAUGAAGACACAGUCAAGAAGAAGAUGAAGUUGACAUUUGUUUAUCGACACAGCAUGGUCCUUGACCUCCUGCUGUCAAGCAACAUAGUGUCUGUUUUUCCACGUUUCAAAGAUAUCAAAGGCUUGAUCGAACAGGAUUAUGUACUGAUGUUUGGUGAGGAUGUAUCAGGCAGGUUGCUGGAGAGGUGGCCAACAACAUUCAAAAGAAAGAUUAUCCAACAAGGCAGAAAGCUUCCUUCUACCAGUGACCUGAAAGAACUUUUGCUGGCAGCUGACUCACCUGAGGAUGCCACUGAAGUUAAUGCUGACAUUGGCUGGGACAGUGGGACAGGUGGGACAAUAGCAAUUCUUUUGCUAUUACAUCUGAUUCCAUCAUCUGGUCAGGGUCGGAAGAGACCAGGAAAGGUGUCAGCUUCUCAAGCAGAAAGGCAUCUUGUGGUCUUCAAGAAGACUGGAACAAAUAUCCAAGAGCACCUUGAUGCCGUCACUACCAGCACUCAACCCUACCUCCUGGCUGUUGGGGUGAAAAAGAAUGACAUCCACUGGUUCUUCAUUAUUCUUGACAAGAAUGCCAUGCCAUGCAAGUCUACCUCUUCACUUGGUUCUUUUGAUGAACUGUUUAAAGCACAUUUUGUGUUUGGCACAUCUUACAACACUAUGCUUCACAACAUGUACACGUUCAUCCAAACCACGGGUUUUAGAAAACAUUUAAAUACCAAACACCUUAACUAUUUUGACCAACAGGCUGACACUGAUGUUAAUCUACAGCCUGAUGUGGCAGUUAAAGAAGUUAGCACUACAGGGGAGGUGAUGUCAACUAAUGUAGAAGAAACACACCCACAACAUCUGAAAAGGUCAAAUAAGAGCACUUUGGAUAUGUGUGCCUCUGCUGUUGCACAACUCAGGGCAGCUGGAUUAAGCCAAUCUACUGUGAAUAGUUUUGUCUCCUCAAUGGAGGAAGUGUUUUUUGAGAUUCAUACUCAGGCUAAAGAUGCAGCCUUACAGAGUGUACCUUUACAGGACACCACAAGUAAAAAUAAAUAUAAUAGUAAUAAAAUAAAGCAUUGGGAGUCCUUUAGCCUUGAAAGAUUAGCUUUAGGACCAGGAAAGAUGGUGACACUUGGAGAGCUGGAAUUAGGUCCAGAAAUUGCUUGGAGCUGUGUUUGUUUUCAGCUAAGUGGAUAAUAACACACGGUACAGAGUACCGCCCUGACUUUAUCAUCUGUGCAGAUGUAGUGUCUGAGAUUCCGGUUUUUUGUAAGAUCAAAAGUAUUGUUGUGAAAGAUGACAUUGUAUUGCUCUGCGGAAAACUGAUGGAAACCCUGUGUUUUGAUGACCAUUAUCAUGCAUUUAGGGUCAGACUGCAUCCCAAUAUGGUGCUGAAGGUGUUGAACAUAAAUGAGCUGUGUUGCUUCUUCAAAUGAAGUAUGGCAUUUCAGAUUCCUCCCUGUAUGUCGUUCCAUAUUGCAGUUUUAUGUCAAACUAAAUUCAUUGUUUUAAAGUGUUUUAUACACUACAUGAGAUGUUUUUAUAUUUUGAGCCUAACAUAAAAAUAAAGCUGUUAAAUGUAUUAUCUAGUUGUGGUCUUUGCUUACUUGUUUUAUAUGUAAAAGCAUUAUUAAAAACCAGGUUUUCAUGCUGCAAAA